GGCAAACGGCUUCAAGAUGUCGAUGACGCAGCUUCCGAUGACUGCGCCGAUCUACCUGCCGGGCCAGGAGCCGCUUCCGCCUGGCGCCAACGAGUCUGACCGGGCGCAGCUGGCCCAGAUGAAGUACUACCAGACGUUGAUGUCGACGGGCAUGGAGUCGUGCCCCGUCAAGUGCGUCCUCUCGGGCGCCGCCGGUUUCGCCCUGGGCGGCUUCUUUUCGCUCCUCUCUAGCUCCCUCUCCGUUGAUGAUCCCCUGCGGCGGAGCCACCUGGCUGCGGCGCAGCUCCAGGCUUCUGAAAAGGGCCUGCCGCUGCCCCCGGAAAAGACGACGGCGCAGCAGACAAAGGAGUUUUUCAAGGAGACGGGCAGGGGCAUGUACAGGAGCGCAAAGGGCUUCGGCAAAGUCGGCGCGCUAUACAGCGGUGUUGAGUGCUGCAUCGAGGGUUACCGAGCGAAGAACGACAUCUGGAACCCUGUCCUAGCAGGCUUCGUUGCCGGUGGUAUCCUCGCGAGACAGUCGGGUCCAAAGGCAAUCGUAGGCGGCGGAAUCGCUUUUGCGGCCUUCAGCGGCGCCAUCGACCUAUACUUCCGAAAGGAGCCGGCAGACGAGCCAUAGAGACCCAUCAUAGCCAUCCAAACAGUCACCACUCCCAAUCUUACCCCACUUGUACUAUUAUGUGCCAGGACAGCAAAUGCAAGCGUGAAAACAAGAC